AUGCAAAAGUGUGUCUACAGCGCCGACGAAGUCUACAACUUUCGCUUCUUCUCCAACGUCGGAGCCUUUAAUCUGGCUCUGCGUUACAUGACGGUCAACGUAAUGCCUGCGCCAGGAGCCUUUCACUCGCCGCUAGCCGAGCGCCUUGCGCUGGAGUGUCCAGUCGACUCCUUUGAGGGCAGACUUCUUGUUAUCGUUGGCCACCUGGUGUCACCACGUCUGUUUUCGUUUCGGCUGAGAACCGUCAGUUGGGCCCUGCCACCCUCCAAGCGAGGUCGAUUAAUGACCGCUGGACGCUCUAGAGCCACGGCUUUUCCAACUUCUCGUUCUUCUGCCGGUCUUGGUUCUCACGUUCGCGGGUCUCUUUAUCUCCUUCUUCGCCGCUGCGUUGCCGGUUUCUUUGCUUUCUACUCUCGCGCGCCUGGUGUUCCAGUGGAGGCAACUCUUGGCAUGCCUCACUCCCCAGCUGCUCCAGAAAAAUGCCAACGCUUCCAACCGCCUUGCCUCACUUAUCGCCUCUUCUAUCUCUUGCAUGCACUUGGCGGACAUCCCUGCGCGAACAACCAGUAA